AGAGUUUACUCAAGCUUGCUCCACAUGUGCACACUUUAAAGACCACUAACUCUCGCAACUGGGCGGCGGCUGCCAGGAGUAGCAGGGAGCUGGGUGGUGGCGCUGAAUGGGACUGAGGCGUUCAAAAAGGCGUUCUGACAGGCUUGUUCGGGCCUGUUUGCCCAUUCGAUCUGCUUCCGUCAGGACCAUCAUUGAUCUUCCUGGUUCACGUGGAGAAGCCCUUAGACGACCCGUCGUUUAAGGCGCCAUGGCGGAGCUUUCAUCGCAGGGUAAGAAGAUGAGUGCCCAGGAUGAGGCAGCCCUGCUGCAGCUUCAGAAGCUACAGCAGAUGUUCAUGCAGAAGCAGAAGAAGGCGGACGCGAAGCCUCCCAUCGCCGAGAAGGAGAAGCCUCCAGAGCCAAGCGAGGAGAAGCCCAUCAUCAUUGAGGACAAGCCAAAGGCCGAAAAGAAGACCAUCCAAAUCAAGUUCACCAUGGAGCCUGCUCGGUACCCCGCGCAGCACUCUGCACAGCAGGCGAAGCAGCAAGCGGAGCACAUCGCCGCGCAGCAACGCCAGGCCGAGCAAGACCGCCUGGCGGAACAGCAGCGGCUGGAGCAGGAGCGCCUCGCCGAGCAACAGCGCAAGGCGGAGCAGGCCCGAAAAGCAGAAGAGGAGAGAUUACUGGCGCAGCAGAGAGAGGAAGAGAGGCUGCGGCGGGAGGCAGCUGAGCGUGCUGAGCAGGAGCGGUUAGAACAGCAAAGGCGGGAACAAGAGAGGCUGGAGCAGGAGCGCCGAGAAAAAGAGCGCCUAGAACAGGAGCGCAAGGAGCAGGAGCGUAAGGAGCAAGAACGCCGCGAGCAGGAGCGGCGGGAGCAAGAACGCCGGGAGCAGGAGCGGCGGGAGCAGGAACGCCGGGAGCAGGAGCGGCGGGAGCAGGAACGCCGGGAGCAAGAGAGGAAGGAAAGGGAGCGUCGUGAAAAGGAACGACAGGAACAGGAGCGGCUAGCGGAGCAGCAGCGGCAAGCCCGGCGUGCGGAGGAGGAGCGCAUCAUGGCGCAGCAGCGCGAGGAAGCGCGGCUGCGGCGGGAGGCGGCCGAACGCGCCGAGCAGGAGCUUUUGGCUCAGCAGCAAAGGCAACAGCAGGAGAGAAUGGAAGAGGAGCGCAGGGAGCAGGAGCGCCGGGAGCAGGAGCGCCGUGAGCAGGAGCGCAGGGAGCAAGAACGCCAGGAGCAGGAACGACUGGAGCAGGAACGAAAGGAGAAGGAACGACAGGAGCAGGAGCGGCUGGCGGAACAGCUGAAAGCGGAGCAGGCACAAGCUGCAGCUCCGGCCGAGCCGCCGGCCGAGCCGCCGGCCGAGCCGCCGUCCGAGGCGCCGGCGCCAACGGCGUCCGGCGAAGCAAAGCAAGAAGCACCUGCAGAGACAGCCAUCCAGACGCUGGCGCAGGCGCAGAGUGAUGUCAAGCAAGAAGCGGUGCCCCUCCAGCCGGGCCCUGUGACGCCGCAGCAAUCGGCCGAGCAGCAGAUGCAGCAACAGCAGAUGCAGCAACAGCAGAUGCAGCAGCAGGCAGAGUAUCAGCAACAACUGCAGCAACAGCAAAUGCAGGCUCAGCAGCAGCAGAUGAUGAUGGGCCAGGGGCAACAGCAGAUGGUGGUACAAUACGAUGCCUGUGGAAACAUGAUCCAACAGAUGCCGCAGGGGCAGUACUGCUGCCAACAGGGUUGUAUGAUGGAUCCCAUGCAGGGUUGCUAUGGAUGUCAAGGGCAGCAGUUUGACUACCAGCAGCAGCUCCAACAGCAGCAGAUGCAGGCUCAGCAGCAGCAAAUGAUGAUGGGCCAGGUGCCACAGCAGUUUGUGCAGUACGAUGCCUAUGGAAACAUGAUCCAGGGCCAAAUGGUGCAAAACCAAAUGCCACAGCAAUACUAUGUCCAGCAACAAGGUUGCAUGGGCGUGGAUCCAAUGCAGGCCUACUUUGCCGCUGGCGUCGCGCAACCCAGCUGCGGGAUGCAGGGGAUGUACGUGCAAGAACCUGCUCAGCUCAAGCACUAUGGCACAGUGAAAGUCUUCAACCAAGAGAAAGGCUUUGGCUUCAUCAACUGCUCCACGGUCCAGAACGGCGCGGGCGACGUCUUCUUCCUCCGCUCCGAGCUGCCGCCGGACCUCCAGGCCGAGGAGAAGAAUUUUGUGGGGAAACCUGUGGUCUUCGAAAUGACCAUCGGUAAAGACGGUCGGCAUCGGGCGAACAACGUCCAGAGCUGCACGAUGGAGAUGGUGCACCAAGCCAUGCAGACUGCUCCCAAGGCCCAGGGCACGUUGAUCGAGGGGACCGUCAAGUCCUAUAACGAUCAACAUGGCUAUGGGUUCAUUAGCUCGCCGGCCUUGACCUCGCGUGACGCGCAGUUCAAGACUCAAGAGUUGACCAUGGAUCUGCAGGCGGUGGGCGUGGGACUCGUGGGGCGCCAUGUGGUGUGCCAGGUGCACGUGUUGCCGGAUGGGAAGCUCAAGGCCACCCAUUUGGCCCUGAAAGGAGGCUGCGGCGGGUGCGGCUGUGGCGGAUGCUGCGGCCAGUGCUGCGGCGGCCAAUGCUGCGGCGGCCAAUGCUGCGGUGGAUGUUGCGGCGGAUGCUGCGGUUGCGGUUGUCAGCCUGGGUUCCAACAAGGCGCCUGCUGCUCUGGCUGCGGUGGCUGUUGUGGUGGAUCUAUGGGCGGAGGAGCAUGCGGGUCCAACCGCAUCGGCGGCUGCGUCUUCAGCUUCGACGCUAACACUCGGGUGGGUGUGAUCCAAGCGCCAGGGGUGGGUGAAGUCCACUUCCAUGAGAGCACUGGGCAGAACCUUCUGCCUGGCACCGAGGUGAACUUUGUGCUGCAAACGCUGCCGGACGGCAGUACACAGGGCAUUGAUGUGGCACUUGGCCAACCACCCAUGGCCAUGUGUGAUGGCGGCCAAGUCACCGGUGUGGUGAAGGUCUUCAACGACACCAGGGGCUAUGGCUUCAUCAGCGCGCCGGGUGCGCAGCAGGACGUCUACUUCCAGAAACGGGAUAUGGACGAAGCGUCACAGACUCUGCUCACGUGGCUAGGUGGUCGCGGCAUCCAAAAUUGUACCGCACACCUGCGAGUGGAGGUCUUGCCCGAUGGGCGAUGGCAUGGGCGGAUGGUGAACCUGGCAGAGGCGGGCGCCACCUUGUACGAAGGCGCUUCGGUGGCGGGGGUCGUCCGGAUGUUCAACGAGCAGGGCUCUGGCGCCAUCAAUGUCCCUGGCGCGCCGGGCCUUGACCUGCUUUGUGCCUCCAGCGAUUUGUCCGUGGAGCUGCAGAACAAGCUCCAACAGAUGGGCUGUGAUGCCAUGGCGGGUACCACGGUCUGGUGCCGCUUGACCGCCAUCAACGGCCAGUGGCACGCCAAAGAGGUGAUGCUUGCGGGCGAUGGCACGCAGCGCGUGGGCGUGGACGGCAGCAAGAGUGCCGACCCGGCGAAGCCUGGUCUAAUGAAGGCGGAGAAGAAGAUCAUCCCGGGUGCCGAGCUGCUAGGUACCAUGAAGGCGUGGAACCAUGAGAAAGGCUACGGCUUCGUGACGGUCGAAGGUCAACAGCUGGACGUGUAUUUCCAGCCCUAUGACCUCGCCGAACCGCUGAAGCAGCAGUUCGACGCCGUCGGCGGUCCCGAGGGCCUGGGCAUCGUCCCUGGCGUGGUGAUGCAUUUCUGGCUGCAGCUCAUGCCGGGCACGGGCCGCUUCCGAGGCCGAGAUGUUUCAGUGGCACCGGCGGGCACUCGGCCCAGCGAUGCGCUCUCGGUGCAGCAAGCCAUCCGCGUGGCACAGCAGGUCUUCGAAGAGGGGCCCGACGCCGUGGUACUGCCCCCGGCGAAGCGGCAGAAGGUGGACGGCGAGUCCGCAGUCGCUUUGCCAGCGGCCUCAGUGCCGGCCCACAUUUUAUAGGAUGGACCGAUCUUGGCAUCUGAGAGCAGCUUUAAGCCCUGAAGUUGGAGGUGUGAUCCAAUUCUGUCGCUCCUCCUGGUUCGAAAGCCACAUGGAAAAC